UCAUGCAAACAACUUAUGCCAAUACGGAAGCCAGUGUUCCUUCGUACUUUCUAGUUUCUGGCAUUUUUGUAAUUGUUCUCGUAUCUGCGGAUUACAUCUCAUCCGAUUAUAGUGCAUUUUUGGUCAUAACAUUCUUUAGACAUCUUAGCUGAUCCAACAAUAUGAUAGGGUGCAUACAAAUAACAUAAUCAAGUGUGUCAAUGCGAAAAGGAUUAUCGUAGGUACAACGGAUUAUCGUAGGUACACCGUACGAUGGAUUAUCGUAGGUACGACGCAUGAUUCCAGCGGCCCAACCCAUGUCCGCAAUGCGACAAACACCGUCGCGCCGCAGCGGUCGCGGCUCCAACCUGCACAUCCCGCACGCCGCCAAGACCUCCCUCAAACAACCGGACCUAACCCACCACACCGCCAAACUCCAGCAUCUCCGCAAAGAAGUCCACCGGCUCAGCAGCGUCAUGGCGCCGCAUAUCGACGCGGCACGCCAGGGCCAACCGCCUCCCGAUGGCGGUCAUCAUCCGCACCUGCUCAAAGAGUUCGUCGCCAUGAUCGACACUAGCCACACUGACGAGCAGGCGCUGCAGCAUCUCCUGGCGCGCGGCUUCGAUAUCGCGCCGAUUUUAGAAGCCGGCGCGGAUUUUGUGGAGAAACUGCAUCGUGGCUCGCUGCAGAUUGCGCACCGGGUGUCGACGACGGUCCCGGGGUCGCCGCGGGUUAAUGAGGAAGGAAGACCGGGGCGCGUGGUGAAAGAGGAGACGAAGACGCCGUCGCCGGAGGUGCCGCGGUAUGCUGCGUUGCAUGAAGAUCCGGCGUUGAUUGCUAAGCAGUUGUUGGAGGAUUUUCCGUGUUUUGAUCCGCUGCAUCCCGUGACUCCGGAGACCCUCCGGGAGAUGCUGGGCGAGUACGAGCGGGACCACCAGAUGGAUGGGAAGGCGGAGGAGAUCCUAAAGGAGUUUAACGCUAGCAAAUCCAUGCUGCUGUUCUUGAAACUUCAAUGGACGUUCGGCAUCAACCGUCACGUACCGUUCAUCAACUUAACCACACCUUCUCAGCGCUCCAUCUUUUAUUCCAAUGGACACACCGGCGUCGUGUACACGUACGAGCAGAACGGGGAAGCCGUGGAUCCGACAGAAAUCUUGUUAGAAGGACUGAAUCAACAUAUCACCUGUAUUGCCACGACAAAGAACGGGCGAUGGCUGGCCGCCGGGGAUACCGGGCCGGAUUAUGCCGCUAUCGUCUGGGAUCUGCAACAGAACGCUUCGCCUAUUAAGAUCUUUUCGACGCCAUGCGGGAAAGAUGCCUACGGCAUCGCGUCCAUGUGUUUCGCUCCGUCGAUGCGGUAUUUGGCAAUGCUAUCAACCGGUUCGCGGCAAGUUCUGGCCAUCUACGAAUGGUUAGUCCCGUCGCAAAGCGCGAUGGUCCCCGAUGAGCCACUAGUGUUCUACGAACUGCCCAACGGGGAAACCUUGCAAACGCACCUGUCCUUUAAUCCGUCCGAUCAGGAAAUGCUGAUGACCUGCAGUAAGGAUCGGCUGAUACUCUAUCACUGGCAUCCAACGAAAUCCAAAUCCGCCGUGCGUGUCUGCAUGCCCGACUUGGGAAAGAUUCCGGGUUAUCAUCCUAUUGGCGAUAUCACGCGCGCGGUAUUCGUGCCGCACACCACGCACAUUAUCAUCGGCACGGUGAAAGGACUGCUCGUCCUGUUCCGCCAGCGCGUCACGCACCGAAAGAUCCUCCCGUUUGAGCAAUAUGUCGAAGUGGUCAAAGCCUAUGCUGCCGUGGAGCGGGGCGCCGUCACCUCGCUAGCGUGCUCCGAAACUAUUGUGGCGGUUGGUGAUUCCAACGGUACCAUCAGAUUCUACGAUUCCAAUCUUCUGAUACUCUACACUUGUGAGGCGAUUGGUCUGGGACAGAUCGACACGAUUUCCUUUCCGAUGAUCCCUAUCCACAAAGAAGUAUCAACGAAAUUCGAUAACAAACCAACGUUCAUCACCGAUUUUCUCAUCGGCACCAGCACGAACUGUGUGGCCAAUAUUACUACCACCGGCAACGACCAGUUCACGUCCCGCAUUAUCCGCGAAGAACCGGCAAACGCGGUACUGAGCUGUGCUGUGCAUCCCAAUGCGGCGCGGCUGACCAUUGGCUGUUCGGAAGGAUACCUGACGUGCUGGGAUUAUAAACACAAGAAGGUGGUGGUGCGCCGACGGAUCCAGCGAACGGGCUGCAGCGGCGUGAUGUAUCACGAUAUAACGGCUUUGGAACACGAUCCAACCGGGGUUUAUUUGGCGUGCGGCUUUUCUACUGGCGAAAUGCGCAUCGUGAAAUCCCUGGAUAUGGUCGAUGAAGAAGGUGGUUCCUUCUGUAAUUCGAUUGGCAAGGUCAUGUUCAUCAGCUUCUCCUACGACGGAUUAUUUCUGGCCACUGGCGAUGACACGGGCGUGGUAUGCCUGUAUCGCAACAACACCGGAGAAUGGUCGCCGGCAUGGCGGUACAGCGGCUGCCAGCGGGCGCAUAUCGGCGCGGUGCUGGCGCUGAGCUUCGUCCGGGAGCACGGCUGCGAUAAGGAGCGCCUGUUCAGCUUGGGCGUGGAUAGCUGCCUUGUAGAGUACGACCUGGAUGCGUCGCACGGCGUAGACCUCCUGAUUCUGUACCGCGAACACACCGAUCCCGAAGCGGAGACGUUUGCGUUUUCCUACUAUCCGCCGGCGCCUAACGAGAGCUUCUUGGUCACGUCCAAUAAUAAGUAUAAACUGAAGCUGUGGAACAUCGCUACCAAGAUGUGCCGGAAGACGGUUAACGGUCCACUAUUCGGUUCGCCGAUUAUGGGGAUGACGGUACUUCCGGCACGAAGCGACGACCAGCCACCGUACGUUCUCUGGCGGAAUGCGGAUUCGCUGGGAUUGAUGGCGCUGCCGUUGGACGGCAAUCCGUAUCGGUACUGUUCGCGGCGCGUGCAUCCACUCGGUGUUACCUGUAUGAAAGUGACAUCCAACGGGUGCUUUGUCUUCACUGCCGGUGGACUGGAGGCUGGCGUCCAUAUGUGGUCCAUUCAUCCAGAAGUUCUCGAAGCCAGUCUGGAGGGCAAGAAGACCAGUUUAAUGCCAUUCUUUGAUCUUCUGGAAGGCGGAUUAGAUGGGAAAUUGUAUCGGGAUAUGGAGGAGUGUUUUUGCUAUCUCCAGCUAAAAGCUCAAGGUAUGGAGACGCGCGAAACCCGUCGCGUAACCGACCGUUUACCGUUGGUCGAACUCUCCAAUCUCUUUUGCUAUCUGAGCUACUACCCAUCCGAACUGGAGCAGAAGAACAUCAUCAACGAGAUCAAAUACAGCCAGUUCGCGGCAACCGGGUCGCUGGUGGACGAAGUGGACGUUGGAACUGUACUAAAAACGUUUGUAAACCAUCGCCCGUUGUGGGGCGUCCAGUGCCCGGACGUAAUCAAGGCCUUCGCACGUUUCGGCUUCGAAGAACUACGGACCACGGUGCGACCAGCACAGCUGUUGCAGAUCCUGAAGGGCGGCGGGGAGCGGAUGGCCGAGGAUGACGCCAUUAAGGCCCUGGGAAUUCUCCUGAACCUGCGGCCGCCACUCGGGGACUGGGAGACGGUGGGCGCCGAGCGGGAUUAUUAUCGGCCGCGGGCGCAUAUGCCGCGCGAGCUUACUGUACAGCAGAUCAUAGACGAGGUUUUUGUAUUUACGAAGCAAAAUUGCUUUAUCGGGCCAGACAACAGAUAAAAUUAAAGAUCCAGUAUUUAUUGGUGUGCUAAGCCGUAAAGAUUUGCUGGCCUGUAUGCUGUUGCUGCUUGCAGAGGUUUUUACAAUAAGAACAACAGCGUACGUUGGGUCCUAGUUCCAGUGAAUAUC